AUGCUCGACAUCAACUUGUUCCGCACCGACAAGGGCGGCAACCCGGACCUCAUUCGCGAGUCCCAGCGCAGCCGGUUCGCCUCCGUCGAGCUCGUCGACGAGGUCAUCGCCCUCGACAAGGCAUGGCGCGAAAGGCAGUUCGAGCUGGACAAGAUCCGGCAGGAGCUCAACGCUACCAGCAAGAAGAUCGGCAAGCUCAAAGCGAGCAAGCAAGAAGAGGAAGUGAAGAAGCUCAUGGAGAGCACAGACGAAAUUAAGAAGAGGUUGGCAGCCAAAGAAGUUGAGGUGCAGGAGGCCAAGAGCACCCUCGACGCCAAGGUCACGACGAUUGGCAACAUCGUGCAUGAGUCCGUGCCAGUCAGCGACGACGAGGCAAACAAUCAAAUUGUACGGACAUUUGGAGAGAAGAGAGUAGAGGAAAAUUUGAAGAAUCAUGUGGACCUUUGCAGGAUGCUUGACAUUGUCGCUUUGGAGAAGGGUGCUGAUGUGGCUGGUGGUAGGGGUUUCUAUUUAAAGGGCAAAGGUGUCCUCCUUAACCAGGCACUGAUAAACUUCGGUCUAGCUUUUCUGGAAAAACGGGGAUUUGAGCCAAUGCAUACUCCCUUUUUCAUGAGGAAGGAAACGAUGGCAAAAUGUGCCCAGUUAGCCCAGUUUGAUGAGGAGCUUUACAAAGUUACAGGUGAUGGUGAGGACAAAUAUCUCAUAGCUACAUCAGAGCAGCCAUUAUGUGCUUAUCACCUAGGUGAUCGAAUCUACCCUGCUGAACUUCCAAUUAAAUAUGCUGGGUACUCUACAUGCUUCCGGAAGGAAGCUGGUUCUCAUGGAAGAGACACAGCUGGCAUCUUUAGAGUUCACCAAUUUGAAAAAAUUGAACAAUUCUGCAUUACAAGCCCAAAUGACAACGAUUCCUGGGAGAUGCACGAAGAGAUGCUUAAAAAUUCAGAAGAUUUCUAUAAGGAGAUUGGGCUACCAUACCAAGUUGUUUCCAUUGUCUCUGGUGCUCUUAAUGAUGCUGCUGCUAAGAAAUAUGAUUUGGAAGCAUGGUUCCCCGCAUCAAAGACCUUCCGAGAGUUAGUAUCCUGUUCAAAUUGCACUGACUUUCAGUCAAGGAGACUUGGAAUUGGGUAUGGCCAGAAAAAGAAUGAUGAACAGUCCAAGCAGUUUGUUCAUAUGCUGAACUCUACCUUGACUGCUACUGAGAGGACCCUCUGCUGUAUUCUGGAGAAUUUCCAAAAGGAGGACGGUGUCGAGGUGCCGAAGGCACUGCAACCUUAUAUGGGCGGAGUAGAGUUCCUUCCUUUCAAGCAACGUUUGGAUGCCAAACAAGCUGCUGACUCCAAAUCAAACAAGUCCAAAUCAAAGGGAAAGGCUCCUUGA